AUGGGCUGGUUCUCAAAGUCAUCGUCUACAACACCUGUGGAGCACCCCAAGCAGGAGGAUACUACCCCCGCAGCAGCAACAACUACGGCAGCAACGACUUCAACAACAACAGCAGCAGCAGAAGAGCCAGUAGCGGAAGUGAAGGUGGCUCCUGCAGCGCCUAUUGUCACGGCUCACUUGCCUGUGAUGGAGUUUGACGAGUACAAGCAGCCGGACGAUAUCUAUGCACGGUUCCAAGUCUCUGACGCUAUGAACGAGCUCGCCGCCUGCUCCUCAUUGGGAUCAAAUAUUAGAAACUACUACCGGUACGGGACAUUCAAGGACUGUGCGGCACGGUACGACCAUCUCAAGUUCUGUCUGAGCAUCAAGACCAAAUCUUCGCAGGUCGCCCAGGUCAUGAUCCAGAAACGGGAUGCGGAUUCGAGGGCGCAAAAGAAGAGUCAGCCUAAUUCUGAGGAUGUUUGGUCUUUGCGAUCGUAA